CAUGGAGCCCCUCCUCCUGCCCUCCACAACUUUCGCUUGAAUCUCUCUCAUUCUCUCCCCCUCCCAAGUUAAUUCUCCCCAUCUUUAUGACCAGCUGCCACCAGCCUCGUCCGCUCCUCGCUCGGUUUCGUUUUGCUGCUGGGUAGCUAGCUAGCUAGCUAGGGCCUUGGUUCCGAAUGGCGGAGGGUAUGGGGAGGAGUGGGAUGCAGCCGCAGCAGCAGGAGGAGGAGGAGGAGGAUGAGCAUUUGAAGACGGCGGCGGCGGUGGAGGAGGGCGGAGGGAAGAGGAAGAGGAAGCGGGGGAGGGUGGAGUUGCGGCGGAUAGAGGACAGGACGAGCCGGCAGGUUCGCUUCUCCAAGCGGCGGAGCGGGCUCUUCAAGAAGGCCUUCGAGCUCUCCGUGCUGUGCGACGUCGAGGUUGCGCUAGUUGUUUUCUCUCCCGCCGGCCGCCUCUACGAGUUCGUCUCCUCCGACACCAGCGUUGAGCAAAUCUUUGGUCGAUGCAGGGACAUUCCAAGCACGGUAAUAGAUCUCAAUAUAGAUGCACGAGAUUCCAGGGGUUAUGGCAAUAUACAGCUAGAUCUGAACGAGCAGUCAGCUCCGGAGUCAGUAUCUGCACUAAAUAACUUCGCUCAAAUGGCCCUGGAACUAGAUGUUAAACAGAUGAGCUUGGGUGAGCUAACCCGCUUCGAGGAACUUGUUACAGAAGCUUUGACAGUUGUUAAGAGCAUACGCAUUACUAAGGUGGCUGAGCUCACUCAAACUGAGGCGAGAUUAAAGAGAGAUCCACAGCAGAAAGGGAACAACUGGUCGGGCCAAGAGUCAGGAAAAGAGUGAGGCUGUGAGAACGUUCUGGAAAGGAGAGGCUAUAUACGCAGGUACAAUCUACAUCUGCAGUCAGACGUUCAGAACCUGCAGCCAAUGCUCAUACUUGCAACAGCCGACUCGGUUUAUUGCCUAAGAAGCCUCCUCAGGAAAGAAGCAGCGUGAGCUCUGCUAGUUUGCUAUGUAUUGCCUAAGAACACCGAGCUCAAGUAUCUUCCUGUAUCAGUUACGUCUUUCUUACGAAACAGCAGGGGCUCUGCUAUUUAUUGCCAUAAGAGCAGCUCAGGUAUCAUCAAUGUGUUGUCGCAUUGUGUCAAACACUUGUUUUGUUUUCGUCCAUGUACAUGCUUGUACUUGCAUUCGUUUGCCUGAGCUCGAGUUCAUAUGGUGUAAAUCCGGGCAGAAUGUUAAAAAAGAAUGAACUACUCCCUCUGUUUCUAAUUCUAAAUAUAAGUUCUUAUAAAGAUUUCAGUA